AUAGUUUGUCCGCUGAACGUACGAAUACACGCGAAACGGCGACGGUCUGUAAGAUCAAGCACGGCGGCCUAGACCCGAUUUCGCAAAAAAGCCACCGGACACCACAUGUGGAAGUCUUCUAGAAUCCGCCGAUUUGGAAUUAAUGUGCCGCCCUUACUAUCCGACCGACACUUCUAAGUUUAGUCGAGCGAAACUCGUGCAGUUGUCAAUAUUGCUCAACGCUGCCGUUUGGAUCCGCUUGAUACUAGUGUAAAAUUAAUACAUGAAAUAACGCGGUCUUUAAAGAUAGGAAGUAAAAACAGAAUAACAUCUUCAAGGUCAUAACCGUAACGAAUCAUAAUAUCAUGUUUAAUGUUAUCAUGAAAACAUUAUAAUAUGUUAAUGAGCUAUAUAUAAUUAUUAAAAAAUUGGAUUCUGCCAUAACUAAGUGAAGUUGUUGAUAACUGAUAAACGAAAAAUCCUAGAUUAGUAUAGAGAAAACCACAACUAAUCUAACCAGUCAUCUACCGUCUGAACACCAAGAAGUGUCAAUAGCUCUUUAAUCGUAACACAGUAGUCGAAAAAACAACAUGAAUUUUUUACCGAGAAUGCCAUCUACUGACGUGGCUGAGAUCAUGGUAGGAGGAUGCUGGGAAAAAUCUUCCACUGCAGAUUUGUGGCCUUCUGUGGAUUCGUGCCGACUGCCCAAAUCUGUGGAAAUCGUAGCUUUUAAUGAGCUAAGAGAAGACGAACAUGCGAGGAAUCAUUCACUUUUAGCUUUCCGACGAUGGGUGGCACAGAACAAAGACAUUCAAAACAUCAAUACGGAAGGUAGGUUUCUCUUGAGAUUUUUGCGUACAAAGAAAUUCAGCUUACCGAUGGCUCAACAAAUGUUGCUCAAGUAUCUGAACCUGCGACAAAAAUUCCCAAUGUAUUUUUUGAACUUAGACUUUUUAAUCCCAUCAGUCAACGCUCUCAUCAGCUCCGGUUAUUUGUUUGCGUCGCCGUUUAGAGACAACGACGGAAGGCGAGUAAUCAUCGGAAUUGCGAAAAAUUUUGAUCUCCGCAAAUAUACCAAUAAAGAUAUGUCUUACAUUCAUUUAAUUACAUACGAGACGUUAAUGAACGAUGAAGUGAACCAGGUAAUGGGAUUCACCCAUUUCGGUGACUUGGCCAGUAUAAGUCCUGCGUACCUGACGUUGUACACUCCAACUGAAUUCGCCACUCUCAUUAAAUGGGGAGAGCAAUCCAUACCCAUGAGGCACAAAGCAAUACACUUGCUCAACGUUCCAGCUCCAGUGAAGUUUGCUUAUGAUUUCUUUAAAACGAGAGUUAGCGACAAGAUAAAUCAGCGUAUGAAGAUGUACAACUCAAAAGAAGAAUUACACAAGAAACUUGACAAAAGAGUGUUACCCAAAGAAUACGGCGGUACAAUGCCAAUGGCCGAAAUGAUUGAUCUUUGGAAGAAGGAACUGUUGUCCAACAGAGAAUCGUUGUUGAACUUGGACAACAUGAAGCUGUUGAGCGAUAAAAGCAUCGUUACUAGGAAAACGAGAGCAGAACAGAUCAAAGGAUUAGCCGCCGGCAUCAACCAACUUAACGGUAGUUUUCGAAAACUAGAAGUCGAUUAGCACAGCUAUUAUUAGACUGUUUAUUGUUGUAGGUAGUUAUAAUUUUUGUUUGUUUGUAUAAAAUGUAUUAUUUUGUAGUACAUGUAUUUUAUAGUCAUCGUUUUUGCCUAAAAUUGUACAGUUGACUGUUAAUUAUUGGUUUGGGCCCUGUAUUCGGUAAUUAUUUUAGGAAAAUAAUUAUUAUUGUCGCGUGUCCAAACGAAUUACUGAUGUUGACAAGUAAUUUUGUUCAUUUAAAAAUA